AAAACGAGUAUAACCUGGACACUGGUGAAAUCUUCCGUGCAAUGGCCGAUCAAGGACCUAGCAACGAAAGUUAACAGUGGAUCAAAAGGAGGAAAAUGAAAUUGACUUACCUAAACCAUGAGCUCUUCAAGAUUUGUGACUAAGAUUGUUGGAGGAAAAUUGGUUACAGUUCCAGACCACCAAGGUGUACCAUCAUCACGGCAGAGUACCCUCAGUGCUACUUAUCCAUGGGGAAAAUAUGAUCCUAGUCCAACAUUUAAGAUAGGUGGCAAGGCAUACCCUGUCCUCCCUCCUAUUACUGAGGACAGCCAACUUUCCCAAAGAGUGGCAGAUGCUCUCAAGAAUAUCAGUAAACAGAAACUUUUAGAUGUGAAACACAAGUUGUCUCUUCUGGACAAGGACCGGUCUGGCCGAAUUACCACAGAGGAACUCAGACGAGUUCUCCUUUAUUACCAGAUACUCAUUCUUGGUCCUACACUGACAGCUCUUGUCAAGAAGUUUGAAGUUGAUAAUGGCCUUGGAGUUCUUCAUGAACCACUAGCCCGAUAUUUGUUAGACUGUCAUGGAUCUGAGGAUUGGCAAGGGAAAAGCAAAUUGAGCGCUGUUGGUUUGUCAAAUCCUGUACUCUCCAACAGUAUUUCAUCUGCCAGGAGUAAAAAUGAUGCCCAGCUGUUGCUAGAAGUUGAAAAUGAGCUGAUGCAGAUGAAGGUGGAGUGUAAACAUCACAAUGUCCACCUGAGUCGCUCCUUGUUGGAAAAACUACUUGUAAGGUUUGAUACAGAAGGAGAUGGUCGUGUAGAUUGGACAGAUAUGUCAAGAUUCCUUGAAAAGGCCAUGUCGGUUGUUACUCUUGGAAACUCUCUGAGAUCAGGAGAGAAACAGCUCAUCAAAAAUAAUGGCAGAACCAGUGCUGCAGUGGUAAAAAAGCAAGACAGCACUGCAGUGGUAAAAAAGCAAGACAGCAGCUUUACAACUACCACAGAAACACAGAACAGCUUAGAUCACAAGGCAGGCUUUCCAAGGAGACGCAAUUUUAAAAGGACUUUAGAGGAUGAAGGACCAGACCCUGAAGUACUAACGCUACGAGGUCGUAAUAUCUACUUAUACCCACCUGAUGAGUACCUUGACAUAGACACAUCACCACACCCCCCUGAGGAAAAGCUGCAGCUGGAGUGGGUAUACGGUUACCGCGGCAGAGACUGCAGGACUAAUCUGUUUGUGUUAAGCUCGGGAGAACUAAUUUACUUCACUGCAGCAGUGGUUGUGAUGUAUGACGUACCCAACCAUAAGCAGAGGCACUACACAGAACAUACGGACGACAUCAAGAGUUUGUGUGUUCACCCCGAUAAAGUUACAAUAGCUACAGGCCAAGUCAAAGGACGCGGUGAUGACGCAAGGUCGCAUAUCAGAAUUUGGGAUUCCAACUCUUUAGAAACAAUUUGCGUCAUUGGACUGGAUCAUUUCGAAGACGCUGUCUUUGCUCUUGCAUUCUCUAACAAGAGAAGCCAAGGAGAGUAUCUUGCAUCAGUUGAGGAUAAUGAAUAUCACACCAUAACCGUGUGGGACUGGAAACGAAAGAGAAAAAUUACUUCUGCUAGGGGUAACAUGGACCAAGUGUUGGCGAUCAGCUUCUCUCCGUUCGAGAGCCAACAGUUUGUGACGUGCGGUAAACAACACGUGUCAUUCUGGGAAUUAGAAGAAAACAAACUGAAACAGGCGAGAGGAAGGAUGAGUAAAAACCGCAGACCAAAGUAUGUGUCAUGCAUCGCUUUCUCCACAAACGGUGACAUCAUUACAGGAGAUACAGAUGGCGCCAUUAGUGUUUGGCCCGAGGAGUCCAAUCAAGUUGCUGAGGAGCUUGGAGUAAGGAACGCUCAUUCUGGCCCUGUUUACGCCUUACUUGUUCUACCAAACGGUGUCAUACUCUCAGGGGGAGGUGGUGAGUCGACCGUGAGAGCCUGGAGCAGAACACCAAGAUUAGUCCCGACAAAUGUGGAGCUUAAGAUGCCUCUGGAAGUGAGCGGAGUGCGUUGUCUUGCCUUGGGGACUGCAGAAACUCAUAAACUCUACAUCGGCACAGUGGACAACAACAUCUGGUGUACAUCACUCAAUGCAAGCUUAGAAUCGCCUCUCGUGGGCGCCGGUGGCAGACUUGUCAAAAUUAUGGAGGGGCAUUGUCAAGAUCUUAGAGGACUAGCUACUCAUCCCAGCUCUCCGUUGUUUGUCACGGCCGGAAGUGAUAAGAUUGUACGAUUGUGGAACGCCGCUGAACGUCGGGUCCUUUGGUCGAACAACAAACUGACUUCAGCGAUGCAAGCGGCAGCUUUUCAUCCUGACGGUAGCUCCAUUGCUGUUGGCUUCACGACAGGGGGGUGGAUGUUAAUGAACUCGUCUACUGGAGAUACCAUUUUUAUUCGAAAAUCUGAACCUCCGGAGAAAAUAUCAGAGAUUCAAUUUUCUUCAGAUGGAAGUCAUGUUGCCCUUGGUUGUCAUGACAAUGACGUCUACAUAUACGAAUUGCGAAAUGAGGGAAGGUCUGUGUCUCUUAAGGCUCGUUGUAAGGGUCACACAAGCUCCGUUAGUCACCUGGAUUGGUCCACAGAUGGAGAAAAACUUCAAAGUACCUCAAAGGAUUAUGAAUUGCUUUUUUGGGAACCUCUGCAAGGAGAGCAAAUAACCCAGACAGAGAGCAUGCGCAACACAGAAUGGGCCUCACACAACUGUGUAUUGGGUUACUCUGUCAUAGGAAUUUGGCCGGACGGGGCAGAUGGAACUGACGUGAACUCUGUGGAUCGCUCUCAUGGAAAACAGUUGGUAGCAACGGGGGAUGACUUUGGCAACGUUAAUCUGUACAGAUAUCCUUGUGUCAAUAAAAAGGCUGAGCCGAGAAUUGUCCAAGGUCACAGUGCACAUGUCAUGAAUGUUCGAUUCCUUCACGAUGACGUCCGACUGAUCUCCGUUGGUGGUCGGGAUGCGAGUACACUGCAAUGGAGAGUUGUAAAGUCUGCGUGAUCGUCCCAGAGGCUAUGUAAUGUGGAGGAGAGCCUUUGUCGGAGGUUCUUGUAAAUUAAAUUGAUAUGAGCGAAAGAACAUUAAGGCCAGAAGCAAGUGUAUUUAUUCUCAAGCAAUCCUGAUAACGUAGACUAACUUUAGGGAAUGUAACUUGUCCAUGAUUGAGAAAAACGUUUGAUGAGUUUGCUGCCAAACCAUAACAGAACGAAGUACACACGAAACAGCAAAAUGUCACUGGUUUUUAAUUAAGCUCACCAGGAGUAUUGUGGUAAUCUCAUUAGUCUCAUAUUGGUCUCUAAAAGCGAGAAAGAUUAGAACAAUCAGUACCAUACGAAAGAGGACAGCGUAAUGGCGAUCUCAGCGUGCCUCCCUCUUAAGACGAUUGGAAACGAGUAAGGUCUUGUAAGUCACCGAGACUUUAUCCCCUGCACUGCCACGCUGGCGUAUUUUGUUGUAUUCCUUCCUGAUGUUCUGGAGGGGAGAGACAAAUGUCUAAUCAGGGGGAAGACAACAUGCAAGAGUAAGAGAAGGGGGGGCUAUCCUUUUUUUGUAAGCCCUACCCCCCCCACCUCCAUACAACCAAACUAAACAUGACCCCUAUCACGAGCUUCCUAUGCCCCAAUAAACUCACUUGAAGUGAAAGCGAUUUCAAUCCGAAUGGUUAGAUCCUCUUCUUUUCGUGCUCGUGACAAACUGAUAUCAAUCUCACCUUAUUUCGGGGUAUUCGACUUCCGUAAAAGUCUCGUAAAUGUUUACGUACGGUAUAUUUCAUAAUCCAUUAAAAUUAAUCGUUCGUCAAGCUAUAAGUUGUGCAUAUGCUUCGGUGCUUUCAGUAUCUAGGCAAAGGUUUAAUAAAAUCUAUGAAAUCAAAGUGAA